AUUAUUCAUAUAUUUCAGUGAUAAUAUUGUUAUAUCACACAAUGUGGUAGUGGCUUUGGGCCAUGUGGCAGUAGCUUUGAAGGACUCUCAUCGUACCACUGAGACCAUUCUUCACCAGUGUCUUCUCCAGCGCUUCUGCCGCCCACCCUCAAAUCUUGAUACAUUGAUUGUUGACCAGUUGGGCUGCAUGCUUCUGGCAAAGAAUGAUCCCAAGGUAUAUGAUGAAAUAAUGGAGCAAUUCAGCAAGAUCAUCAUCGAGGCAAGUAGUGGCACAUAUGGAAUUGGUGCUGCUCAAGACCAACGCAUGAAGCAGUAUAGACAUGUUGCUACUGCAGUACAUAAUGCUUUAGCAAAUAUCUGUGCCAACAUUCAAGGAGAAGCUGAGAUGGACAAGUUAUUGAUGCGCCUACUUGAACUUUUUGUCAAACUUGGCUUAGCAGCAAAACAGAAUUCAGAGAAACAUCCAGCUGUAUUAAAGGCUUCGAGUAGUGCAGGAAACCUUGGAGUGUUGAUUCCUGUAAUUGCAGUGCUGGUGCGACGUCUUCCUCUCAUUAAAGAACCCAAGCCACGUUUGCUGAAGUUGUUCCGUGACUUCUGGCUAUUCUGUAUUGUCAUGGGCUUCACACAACAGGAAUCUGGGUUGUGGCCAGCAGAGUGGCAUAUGGCUGUCUGUGAUAUUGCAGUUACAUCUCCUCUCUUGCUUUCCCACACAAAGCACCGCUCGGAGAUGAAGGAGCUCAAGUAUACCUAUGCAGUGCGCGAUGAUUCUGUUUCAGUUAGUGAGUUAAAUGAGCUCCGUCAGCAGAUUCUUAGUCUGCUUGAGCAUCCUGCUGAUGUUACGCAGAUUGUUAACAAAUUAUCUUUUGCUCAGUGCAUUUACGUUCUUUCUGUUUAUCGUGUUGAAGCCCUCAGAGUGAGUGAGAAGGUAUUCAACAUAUUCUUGGAGCAAGUGAGUCAUCGACCACGAGAUGAGAGGCAGGAGAAACUACUUGUGUUACAUGCCCAGUUUCUUUUGACUCAUUUUAAUCACACCCAAGUUCAAAUUCGACGUGUGGCUGACAAGUUGCUGUCUAAGCUUGUUGAUAGAUUUCCCCUUCUCUUGUGGAAUGGAAAUGUGCUACGAACUCUGCUUGAUAUUCUGCAAGUUUUAGGCUACUCUUUGCAACUGGACCCCAAUGAUGCCAACCCAACCAUUCCUAUCCCCGACACUCCGUUCAGCAUUACUCUUAUGGACACGCUGGAAGCUAGAGAGCGUACAGUGAGUGACUUUGCUGCACGCUGUCAGGGAAUUCUUCAAGAGGCUAUGAAAUGGGCUCCUGAGGCUACCAGAUCACAUCUUCAAAAUUACCAGACACACCUUGAUCAAACUAAUCUGUCAUCCCACUCGGGGUUGACAUUAGCUACAGAGUCUGUCUUGCAGUAUGCUGGUCUGGGAAAUUCUGCUUCAGGUAGCUAUGCUACUCUGGACAAGCGGUACAAGGGAAUGAGUGAUUUGACAUCUUCUUUCAUGAAGUCUCUAAGCCUGAGAACUCAUUACCAAGGAGAAAUAUCUGGUCUACUGCUUAUGGCCACAGAUGACAUUCAGCGAGAUAAGUUGGUAGUUAAACUGUUGGGAGACAUUAAGAUGGCUUGUGAUAACAAGAGUGAAGUAGAGUUUAGACAGGGACUCUGGAGAGCAACUGGACUGCUGAUCGCAACUGAAGGUCAGAGUACAUGA